AAUACAUUGGUGUUCGUAAUGAUUUCUCUUAGCUGUUGGAACGGCGCGGGUGGAUGCACAUGGAUGAAAUCACAGAAUAAAGCUUCACUCAGUAAUUUCCAGGUUUUAAGCAACAGCUCGAUUUGGCAUCUUCAGCAGGCGUGUAGGCAUGCUGUGCAUGAUGGCAGUUUAAGCUUGGCGUUCCCCAACAAACUGUACAACGUUGUAUCUCAACAACAGGCAAAUGAUCACAUACUGUUUAUUUUGAAAACUCUAAAAAGUGUAAUGAAGAUCUAUAGAAGGAAAUAUGAGGAGGUGGGAUGUGACCAACAUAAACUGCAGAUUUUCCUCCUUGAUGUUGACCGUCAAAUCGUGGAGUUGGAGCAAUGCGCAAAAAACGUUGUAGCCAAUAAAGCACAAAAAAGAAUAUUUAAGAAGAUGGAAACGCACUUUAAACGUCUGAUUUCUCACCUAAAAAAGCAGGAUUACAGUGCCGAUGGCUGGAACGACAUUGCAGGUGCGCUGCUGAAACAUCUCAGACGACUCGAUUUACUGGCCACCAAAACUAAAGCCAGCCUUCAUUAA